GCAGGCAUGAGAAACCUCUUGCAACCAUAAGCAAUUAAGAGACACCAAGAGAUCAUAAUCUUAGGCAGAUCUCCUAGCUGCAAGCAAGAUUAAUUAGCUGUGCAUAUCGGCCAUGGGAUCCUUGGGUCCAAGCGUGGUGAGAAGCCUGCAGCAGCACAAGGCAGCUCCGGCGAGCAAGCCGGCGGCCGCCGGUGAGAGCCAGCAGCAGCAGCAGCAGCAGCGCGGCGGGUCGUCGUCGUCGUUCCGGAUGCCGGUGCACUACCCGCGGUACAAGAAGGCGGAGUACGAGGCGAUGGCGGAGUGGCGCGUGGACUGCCUGCUCCGGGAGUACGGCCUCCCCGUCCCCGCCGACGGCGACCUCGACGCCAAGAGGCGCUUCGCCAUGGGCGCCUUCCUCUGGCCCGACCAGUACUAGGCUACUAGCUACAUCCAUCCAUCAGCUACGCAUCCUGCAGCUAAGCUAGCUUCCUUCUGCUCAUCGACGCUGCACACUAGCUUAGCUCCAUUACAUGUACAGGGCAGUGGACGCGAGACGGUCGAUCCCAACCGUCCGUUUUGCAUCCGACGUCCAACAGUUGCCCCGGACCUGAGUGUGCGUUCGACGAAGUACAUCUCGUAUUCUCGUAUUGUGUCGCAAAUACAGUUUUAGUGCUAUAUAUUAUUGUAUAGAUUCAUGCAUCUACAUAUCAUGUAUGCUAUAAAAUUAUAAUGCAAAUAUGUUUUAUACGUAA